AAUACUGAAAACGCGUCAUAUUUUCCCCUUUUAAACAUUUUAUUCUAUGUCGAACAGUAGCUCUUGUUUCUAUAUUUAAUAGUAUCUUGUGUUUUUUAUUCGUUACUAAGUUCUGGUAUGUUGUUACAUGUCGUAAACUGCACAACACAAGAUAAAAAUCUACUUUAUUUGUUUUAAUUCUUAAGUUCUAUUCUCGAAAAGAUGCCCCGUGGAUACAUUUCCCAGUUUUGAACUGAAUUUGUUCCUCCGGAAGUGGCGACAUCGUCAAGUUUAAAAGGUUCAGAGACUGUGAAAAAAGAAGCAAAUGGAGACCCAUAACUGCUGAGAUACUAGUGCUCCCUUCCUUUAUUAUCCUCCUCUUCCUCUCCUUACCGAAAACCAGAGAUGAGCUCAGAGGAGAAAAGCUCCAUCAUGUCCCAGAAGAUCUCAUCUCCUUCUCACAGCAACAGCAGUUCUUCAUCCAAACAGGACAGCAGACAGGACAGCUGGGAGAUCGUGGAGGGCUUGCGCGGUGGUCUGUCUAUUGUGCAGGAGCCAGAGAGUCUAGCGGACUACAUGCUGAAGAAAAGAAAAUGGCCUAUGAAAGGUUGGCACAAGAGGUUCUUCUACUUAGAAAAGGGCAUUCUGAAGUACUCCAAAUCCCCAACAGACAUCGAGAAGGGCAAGCUCCACGGCUGCAUCGAUGUGGGUCUGUCCGUCAUGGCCAUUAAGAAGAAAGCCAAGUGCAUCGAUCUGGAUGCUGAAGAAAACAUUUAUCACCUGAAGAUUAAAUCCCAGGAGCUGUUUGAUAAAUGGGUCUCGAAGCUCCGUCACCACAGACUGUACAGGCAGAAUGAGAUCGCCAUGUUUCCUCACGAGAAACCUCUCUUUCACUCCCAUUACCCCCACACCUCAUCCCCCACCACACCUGACAGUCAGUCCUUCAGAAAGCGGGCAUCUCUUGUGAGGCAGUCUUCCUUUCCAACGCCUGUAUCUUUUACAAGUCAGGCUAAAGUGAGCGCUUGGCUCCAGUCUUCAGAAGACAUGGACAGGUGCACCAAAGAGCUCUCUGUAUGUGAAGCCCAGCUGCUGGAGCUCAAUCAUUUGUUACGAAGCAUGGAGGUGUUGCACCGCACCUAUUCUGCUCCAGCCAUCAACGCUCUGCAGGCUUCAAUGUACGACAGUCCGAAAAAAGAGAAGAGACAUCAACGGAAGUGGCGCCCCAAGAGUUAUGCGAAAGACAACAAAACAACAUUACAAGUUCCAAGCUGCAUCUCUUCAGGAUCUAUCCGUCUCCAUGCGUCCAAUCCUAACCUCUCUUCAGUCGAGCUGAUCAGUGACAAGAGUUUCCACGAGCAACUGGACUUGCCUAUAGAUGUAUCCAAACUUCAGGAAGACUUCUGCCGCGUCGCAAACAACCUUCAUGUAACCAUGAAGUCAGCCCUGAGUAUGCUGACAACAGAGAAAGAGAGAUUCAAACACGUGCUGGAGCAUGAGCCCUGUUCGUCCCCAUCCGCCCAGCUCCUGGGAUUGAAGAGUGCCCUGUCUGCUGCUGUAACGCAAAACGCUGAGCUGCGAGAGCGGCUGUGCAAGAUUCACGCCGAGUCACAUCUCCCUGAACCCUCUGUACAUAUAAACCUCAGCCCUGGCCCCCUACAGCCGCAAGACUCCAGCGAUGGUUCCCGCCCUCUUGUUCACCAGUUAUCCAAUGAGAGCAGAGCUUCCAUUACAGAGUCUCUUUCAGAGUUUUUCGACGCACAGGAAGUUCUGCUGUCAGCCAGUUCAUCAGAAAAUGAGCCUUCAGAAGAUGACUCAUAUAUCAGUGACAUCAGUGAUAAUGUGUCCAUGGAUAACUUCAGCAAUGAGACGGAGAAUGAGAGACUCAAUACAGGUUUCGUAGAGAAUGGCUGUUCUCGGGAACAGCGGCGGCCCUGUCUUCCCUCCCCCAGUCCCAACACCAGCAACAUCAGCCUGUGGCACAUCCUGAAGAACAACAUUGGAAAGGACCUAUCGAAAGUAGCCAUGCCCGUUCAACUCAAUGAACCCCUCAACACACUGCAGAGACUGUGCGAGGAGCUGGAGUACAGCGAACUCCUCGACCGGGCAGCGCACACACAAGACCCGUUCGAGCGCAUGGUGUACAUCGCAACGUUUGCCGUGUCAGGCUAUGCUUCCAGUUACUACAGAGCAGGAGGAAAACCCUUUAAUCCAGUUUUGGGUGAGACAUACGAGUGUGACCGUCCAGACAAAGGCUUUCGUUUUGUGGCCGAGCAGGUCAGCCAUCACCCCCCCAUAUCAGCAUGUCAUGCAGAGUCUAAAAACUUCAUCUUUUGGCAAGAUGUGAGAUGGAGAAAUAAGUUUUGGGGGAAGUCCAUGGAGAUUGUUCCUGUUGGCACUACACACGUGGUUCUCCCUGGUUUUGGCGAUCACUAUGAAUGGAAUAAAGUGACUUCAUGCAUCCACAACAUUUUAAGCGGGCAGCGCUGGGUCGAGCACUACGGUGAAAUCUCUAUCAAAAACUCCAACAGUGAAAAGUGUCAGUGUAAAGUCACCUUCAUCAAGGCAAAGUACUGGAACUCCACCAUGAACGAGGUGGAGGGAUCUGUCACAGACCACAAAGGGAAGGUCGUACACAAGCUGUUUGGUAAAUGGCACGAGGGCAUCUACUGUGGCUCACCACCCUCUGCUACCUGCAUCUGGAGGACGAACCCUAUGCCUCCUGACUAUGAGCAGUACUACGGAUUCACAAAGUUAGCUAUGGAGUUAAAUGAGCUGGACUCUGUUACCAAACCAUUUCUUCCACCCACAGACACCAGGCUACGACUUGACCAGAGGUUAUUAGAGGAGGGAAAUGUUGAAGCUGCAGAGAUGCAGAAGCAGAGGAUUGAACAGCUGCAGAGGGAGAGACGCAGAGUCCUGGAGGAGAACAACAUAACACAUCAACCUCGCUUCUUCCAAAAAUCCAAAGACGACACCUGGGUGAGCAACAACACUUAUUGGGACUUGAGGAAAGAUCCUGGAUUCAGCAGUCUUGACUGUCCGGUUCUCUGGUAACUCCAGCCAUCGUUCAUCUGUGCUCACUGUUGCCCGCUUGUGUUUUCUGACCAACUUUACAUCAUCAAGAGGAAACACACACACACUUCGUGAGAUGAGAUAGAGACUGAUGAAUCUCAAAGAGACUAUAUAUCGAAAAGUGACAAAUGGAGCCACACCAGAAAUCAAAAUGCAAUCUUAAUAAUCAUUUGAUGUCCCAACAGUUCAGUUGCCUUAAGAUGCUUACAUUAUCUAUUAUAGUUUAUUUUAUGCAAUUGGAUUCAUUGAUGUAUGAGAGAUAUGCAAUCUUGACCCAGUUCAUGUUCUUGUGUUGCUGCUGUCAACCAUGCGCAUCACAAGAAAGCAACUAUGGCGCUUUUCCAUUGCAUAGUACCCCACGGUUUAGUUUAGUUUGGGUCGGGUCAGUUUACUUUAGGGAGCUUUUCCAUUGGGUGCAGGUCGUAGUACCCGAUACUUUUUUUCGUACCACCUCGGUUGGGGUUCCAAGCGACCCGAGCUUAUACCAAACGUGACGCGAAAACACUGUAGAUCGCUGAUUGGUCUGAGAGAAUCGUCACGUCAUCGCUAUAAUGUAAAUAUUAGCUUUAGCUUACUGCUAGCUUGCGCUGUCUCAAGCAAACAUGUUGUCAUCUGUGUUCUGCUAUAAGUUUCCAAACACCCUUUUAGCGAUGAAAAACAUCCACAAGUUGAGAAUCCGGGACACCAUAACAGUUUUUUCCAGACUUGCAGUUUGUGGCGGCACAUUCGCGACGUGCACGUCCGCAUUAUAUAUGCUUAAAUGCAACUUGAAUGAGGCUCAGCGGAGCACCGUCGAUUGACGCCACGGGUCGGGUGUUUGAACAGAAACUGUCAUGUGAGACAGAGGUAGUUAUAAACGCGAUGUGCAAACAUCUAUUUGUGGUGGCCAAUUUUAAUUUUGUGGCAGACUGAGAAAUAAAUGAAUGUAUGGGAAUGUACAACAACGCUCUCACGUGUAUGAUGUCACAGCAGUAGGCAAGCGUAAAUAUAACGACACGCCUAUAAUCCCUCCCACUCCGAAGUGAUACUAAACUCGAUGGAAAAGCUAACCACACCAAAGUGAGGUGAGCUGACCCGACCCAAACUAAACUAAACCGUGGGGUACUAUGCAAUGGAAAAGCGCCAUAGUAAAACUGUUGAUUUGUGAUCUCUUGUGGCUGAAUGUAGUACUGCAACUAUCCAACUCUUACUCAACCAGAAACAUGUUUGUUUUGUUUGUUUAUUAUGUAUAGUAUGUUGUUGUCAGAACAAAACUGCAUUGUCUACCUCUUAAAAGGAAACUGUCGAGGAUUUUAUGGUGUAUAUUAGAGUAUGUUACUCAUCUGUCUAAGGCCUUAUAUACUAUUAUAUACAGUCUUUGCUAGAACUUUUAAUCGAAUCGUAUGUAUCGUUACAAAGUAUUGUAAUUUUAUGAAAGCCUUUAAUUCUAAGAUUAUUGAAUGAACAAGAGGUAUGUUUAAGGGUCUUGGAUAUAUUAACUGUACAUGCAUUUUAACUUAUUCAGCAGACUGGCACAUGGCUCAACAUUACUAAACAUUACCACCACAUACGUGAGCCUGGCGGUGUUUUAAAGCUUCCAGACGUUUGACCUGUAACCUGUGCUCAUUUCACUCUGAACCAUGCACUACGAGUUGUUUGGGAGACCGGGUACUUGCGUGUUGACCACUGCAGUGUUUCCUCUCUCCAUCAAUAAAGUCCAUUUAAAGAUCA